AUGCCAACCGAAAUCAAAUUGAGAAGCAUCCUUGCAGUGACCUUUUUAGGUCUCCUGUCGGGUUCCACCACAAUCCUGGGGCUCUAUCAUGUGCUUACCAAUCGAGGGGAAAGGGUAAGUUUCGGGUGGUUUCUGGAAAACACAUCCCCUCACAUGUGGGCCGCUUUGGGCAUCGGUUUGUCCGUGUCUUUGAGCGUUGUUGGGGCCGCAGUCGGGAUACAUACAGUCGGUGUCAGUAUUCUUGGUGGAGGGGUGAAGGCGCCAAGGAUCAAGACUAAGAACCUGAUUUCGGUGAUUUUCUGCGAGGCUGUAGCUAUUUACGGUUUGAUUACUGCUAUAGUUUUGUCUGGGUAUUUGGACAACUUUACUUGGGACAUCGUUGUUAAAGAUGACUUUUUGAAAGGGAAAAAUUGGUUGUCUGGGUAUUUGAUAUUUGGUGCAGGACUAUCUGUAGGCAUGGUCAAUUUGCUAUGCGGAAUUUGUGUGGGCAUAGUCGGUAGCGGCGCCGCCCUUGCAGACGCAGCAAAUGCUUCCCUGUUUGUAAAAAUCCUGAUUAUAGAAAUCUUUGCCAGCGCUAUCGGUCUUUUCGGCUUGAUUGUGGGCAUUUUUAUGGUGUCUAAAGUGCAAAUGGGUGACAAAAUCCAUUAA